UAUCUUAAGACUUUAACAUAAUUUUAAUAUUUGCAUAUUUAAACGAAUUUGGAAAAAAAGAAAACUGAAGGAAAGAUGCACCAUUAGAGACCCUGUAAUAAGAGUUGCUGUAUCUGAUCAAAUUCUGCGAGAUGGUAAGGUUGUGUGAUUCAAAUGUGAGCGGGAGGUCUCCAGAUCUAGGAGACCAAUCAAACCUGAAUAUCUUAUGGCAGGACUCUUGUAGGCUCUUAUAAGAAGUAAGAGUUCCCAUUGGUCAGUUUUUUAAACAAUCGAUUUUGAUUGGUCACUUCUUACUGCUUCCUGUUAUUGUAGGCGGUCCAUGCGUAUGCAAUACACGUUUGUUUCAUCAUUUACGGUCUAUCAGCCGACUCGUGUAGGUUGCAGUGGUAUGGUGUUUGGCGGCAUUUCGAGGGAUAAUCAAACGUCAUUUUAACAUUAAACAUCUUAUCGCCGAUGAUCGUUGUGCAAAUUUGACCCAAACCUGCUUUCUUUUACAACCGAUGUGCCAAAUUCGGUUGUUACUGAAGCACCGGCAGAACUGCGAACAUGUCGCGAAUAUCCGAGAAAAUACGCGAAAUUUUGAAGUUAGCUGAUAGUUCCAAAAUCACUGACAAAAGGAAAUGUGUAACUGACCUGUUAGAUGUGUAUCACAAUGAUGAUGCUCUCAAAGAGGUGUGCCAGAAUACAGAGCGAAAAACAGGGAUCGUCAGUUGGUCUCACAUUAUGCACGUUGCUCACAAGCUAGUUCUCGAUGAAGCAGAGAGAGGUGGCAAAGAGACGAAUAUCAAGAACAACGAGAGACAAGCCAUCAUGAGCUUGGUCAUCAAUACGAUUCGCCAUUCCAACGAAAAAUCGACCGAGCUUUUGAAAAGCAGCGAGGUGAUCCCCAUGAUAUUGCAGAUACUGGACAGCAAGAUCUACAUACACUAUCAAGAUGCAUAUCUGGGGAUACUGGUCACCUACAUAUUGUCCAAGAGUACAAAUCACAGCAACAUCGCGGCAGAACAAUGGAAGGAGUUGCUGACAGUUUGCCUCAAGCUGUACAGGCGAGCACAUCUGAAGAAACACGUCGUGCUAGAUGCACUGCAGAUGAUCGUGGAACAUUCCUUUCUGCAUACAAAUCUGCUGGUCCACGUGAAGAAUUUAUUACUCUUUCUCGAGAAAAUCUUCGAAGAUGUAAAAGGCAACAACGAACAGUUGACGGAGUCGUUUUACAAGCUCAGCAACAGUGUCUGCAGACAGAUUGCCAUGGAAUCCAGAGUCACCCUGUGCAAGUUCAGCGAGGACAUAGCGUUAGACAUUUUACGUUUAAACGGCUCCGAGGAGAAGUACAGGUUGCUGUUGAUCUUUCUGCAGAUUCAUCAUCCACAUGGCACUUCCAAGUACGACGACGGUGCGUAUGCCUAUGAUACGAGCAAGUGGAGAGACUUGCUGCGCAGUAUGUGCCUGGUCAUUCAAGAGAAUUGCAAGCUGGAUGUGCAGUGGCGCAGCUUCGUCGAAUUCGCCAGCGAAGUUAUAAAACAGGUAGUGGACAACACGGUGAAUCUCGGUUGUUCCCUGGAGGCAAAUUUUGAAGGCACGCACGUGCAAAACAAGCGCAGACGAAUACUGAACAGAAUGGAGAACGUCGUCGAGCUGAUAACGGAGAGCAGUCCCGAGGAAGUGUGGUCCAUGCUAAAAAUCCUAACGGAAACUCUGAGGAAGUACCCGCAGUGCCUGAAGCCGCAAGAGCUCGCGCCCUUGCUGCAACGUUUGACGGAGCUCGCUCAGUCCCGAGACGAGUCCAUAAUGAACAACUUGUACAAUUUAGCCGCCGUCCUUAUGGAGAAUGAGGUGUCCAGUGGAGAGGAAAUGCAAGACGCCACGAUUCACUGGAGCAAAAUCUGGGACAUGCUGCUUAGGUCUCUGGGAGCAAAUCAGAACGAGGAAAUGGGGCAUUCGUUGAUCCGCUGUUUCAUCCGGCACAAUAGGAUGCCAAACGCGAACGCUCUCCUCAGAUUAUACCUGACCAAGACGAUCCGCUGGUCGUUGAACAGCGUGUAUACUCUGCGGCAGUUGUGCGAACGCGUUUCUCUACCGGAGGACGCGUCCACGUCGGUACUCGAUCCAUCACCCUCGACAAUGACUACACCGGUCUGCGAUAGGACACGUCUCCUGGAGUGGCUGCUGACCGCACCGUGGCAAAAGUUGGCGACUCGACUGCCCAUCGCGGACAUGUGCGCAUCGUCGAUAGAUCUGGUUUUGAGCUCUCGUUGCAGGCAAACCGUCAAGACAGAUCAGAAGAGAGCUUUGCAGAGCCACGAGGGAACGCGUAGGCUCGCCUACGUGUCGCAUAGAGACGUUUGUUCGACAGAUCUCCCGGAAAUCUGUCAUGCGUCCUUGAUCUUCAAGGUAGACUUGUCGGCGAGCCGGAAGAACGAACGUAUCGAACGAACGUCCGGAGCAACGUCCGCUCGUGCAAGUCACGUCACCUACGUUCAGGAUGUGUUUAACUUCCUGAAGAAACGGCUGCAUGACAUUUUCCAAGAAGAAGGCUCGAGCGACGAGGUCUACAUCACGUUGAUGAAAAUUGCGCUUUUAGCGAGACUGCUGUCAGCUCUGAAGCUGCUGGGUGUUGUGACGGUGGAAAAUAUUGUCGACUGCCCGUUGAUCGACGUGAUGAAAAGCCACCUGACGAGCAGCUUCGAAGUUCUAACAAAAAUCGAUCCAAACAGGUCCAAAUAUAUGUACUUGCUGAACGUGACCAGAGCGUUAAGCGAGCUCUACGGGACGACCUAUGAUGCAGAUAUCGCGAAGAUGAUUGUCUCAGCGUCCACGCUGAACAUGUUGCAAAGUGUCUUCGAUGUGCUAAAUUUCGACGACAGUCGUAAUUGUGAUUAUUACAAGGAACAUAACACCUUCCAGGAGCGACGCAGACGUUCUGAUGUGUGUACAGAGUUGCCCAGCUCGACGACGACGACGAGUCUCCCGCGUAAAGAUGCGAUUCGCCUACGGGUUGUCGAGGCUCUGGCAGCGUUCUGCGCGUUGCACAUCGGCGCGGACUGCGACAAGUCCACGUUGCAGACGAGGAUGAUGAAGAAUCUGCUGAUCAUGCAGCAGGACUUUACCAGCUCCGUGGACACCAGGAUGUCGCUGACGAUUCUCGAAUCGCUCGCGACACGCGACCAGGCCGAGAUCCAAUGCCAGUUCGCGGACAAGCCGCUGGAGCUUCUGUCCGAAGUAUGCCAGAAAUGCCGCAAGAACGAGGAGUCGACGUGUCGAUUAUUGAAUCUACUGCCGUACUUUUUCAAGUACGCGACCGAAUACAGUUACUCGCCGAAGGAGACGCUCAUCAAGACGCUCGGAGCGUUCUACAAUCACAUUCAUCAACGGAAUUGUGGCGUUCUGGUGCACGUGAAUUACAUGAAGUGCAUCUGCAAUUUUGUUCGGAUUGAUCCGGAUUUUUUGUGGAGUAGUUCCAACAACGAGGUCGCAUCGAUGCUAGACAGCGUGCUCGAUUAUAUCGGUAACAAGCUCUUCCUAUUGCGUUCGCAGGCGAUACGAUGCUUGCAAGAGCUUCUGUCUUUCGGGAGCGUUGCUGACGAGUGGAAGGAAUGGAUGUUCGUCAUUGUGGAGAAGACAGUAUUUAAGCUGUUCGAUGAGAUGAACCAGCAAUCGAGCUCUAAUUCGGAAAAUUUGGAGGAGAAUCAACAAGAGGACGAAAAAGAGACGAGAACGGCCACCGCGUUGAUCGCGUUGACGUCCGUGGCGUGUGCUAGCAGCAUUCUUCAGGGUCGCGCGUUACAUGCCAUAUUACGACUAACGGUCGAGAAGAAAUUAAGCACGCAGAAGGUGCAAAAGGUUCUUCUGGCGGCAGCGCAACACACAACAACACACGUCUCCCUCGUCGAGGAUAACUUGAGCUACCUGCUGACGACCUGGAUUAGCGACGCGCAGUAUCCAUUGGAGAGUUUCCCGUGGACGCUCGCGGGAUGCGAGAGUAUGAACGAGUUCUUCAGGAAGCACGUCAGCCACAUUGUCCCAAUUCUGUUGCGCACCUCGAAUCUCGCUGUGGCCGUGUCGUUCUGCGCGAACUGCGCUGGCGUGGCCUUUGACGACGUCUUCGAGGAUGUGUUUCCCUCCUGCUUCGCAUGGUUGAUAUCGUCCGAUGAAUCCACCCUCGAGGCUGGUAACAAGGCUGAGCGGAUGCUGUGGGACCUGCUGAAGAGCACGAACAAGUUCGAGAAGACGCGCGGUUACGGCCGACUGUUUUCCGAUCGUCUGCAGGACGUUCUGGUGGAGUUGGUGCGACGGCUACACGACGAGGAUGAUUUCAAGCGGGUUCUGUCACUCCCAGGCGUGCGCUUCCCGGCGAUGGAUCCACCACAUUUUCCGCGAGCCACGGUGGAUCGGUGUCUCGAUCGCCUGGAACGCAACUUUCUGGGGAAACCGCUGACUCUCAUCUUGGUCGAGCAGCAACCGGCAGCGCUGCAGAAAACGCUCUUGUGCCUCGUGAGCGCCGUGCACUCGUCGCGCUCUCGGGAGGGCCAGCUCAAACGGCUGCAUCAGUACGCGUACUUCUGCUCGCGACUGAAUCUGGCCGAACCCUUCUUCGACGAAAUGGCCGCGUUCCUGAUCAGGGACGUGUGCUACAGCUUGCUACAUUUGACGAGAAACAGCGAUGAGACCCUCGUUACCGCGUGCUGCAAGUUCCUGGAUAUGUUCCUGAGAUCGGUGUUGCCCACGAGAGCCGCCGAGGUUCGAGAUAUUCUCAGGUUCAUCGUGGCAAGUCUGAUCCGCCUGGCGCAGGGAGCGAAUGACGCCGGUAAUGUCGCCGCGAAUUUACUCCGAUUCCUCGUGGUGGAGCAGAAGGACACGUUGCGCGAAGCCAUCGCGAAGCUCAGCGCGUUUCCGAAUCACGAGAUCUUCCGAGACGCAAGAGAGACGCACAACAUUAUCAGAUCAAAGAAGGAUGGCGUUGCGCUGUGCCUCGAGGACGAACUGGAACGCUUCUUGGGUGCCAUAAACGAAGAGAACGCCGAGUGCACGCUCGAGGAUCUCGCGGAUCUCACGCAGCAGUUGUCGACGAGGAAGAGGGAGUUGAGGGAGUUGCAUCAAAAGCUGGGAACGCCUGGGUAUCCUGAGGACGGCGCCAGUAUCUUGCACCGAUUAGUAUUCAAACUCGUCAAGCUGAUGGAAUCAUCUAAUUCAUGCAUAUCAAUGGAGGCUACUAAAUGCCUCGGCGAAUUGGGCCCAAUGGAUUCCACGGUAGUCCUGCGACCGAUUAAAAAUCUUAUUCAAGAAGCGGAUCAUGCGAUAGAAGCCCUGACGUAUCAUUCGGUCUCAAUGUUGACGAGCUUUCUUGUGGAGAACGCCGUGGAACUCCGCAAGGUCAGUGCUGAUGCCCUUUAUGCGGUGCUAUCGACUUCACACGGUCGGAAACUAUCAAACCCCGAAUAUUUAAGAAAUCUAUCCAAUAUCUUGAAAGAAUAUGCGCCUCUGAAAAUCGAUUACAUCCAACCAUUCUCUCGUGGACGUUGCGUCACGCAAACUUCUUUCCACGUGGAUAACACGAAAUUUCGCAUCGUCAUGGAUCCAAAGAAUGCUUUGUGGACUGUCAAAGAUAGCAUGAAUUAUACUGAAUGGGUCGUAAAGAUUACCUGUGGCAUCGCGGAGUGCUUUGCGGAUUCGUAUCUGGAGAGCUUUCUGCCGGUCUGCCGGCUCAGCAUCGAGUUCUGCGAAUUGAUUCUGCCGAGAAUUAUUUACCUCAUUAUUUGUGAAAACAAAAGCUUCAUUGGUUCCAUAUGUGAUUGCGUCAAUCACUUUUUCAGACACCACUUCGCAAUCAACCAGGAGACGGAGGCCACAUCAAGGGACUGUGAUCAGAAGAUCGUACGCCGUAUGCUGGACGUGGUGAAUCAUAUACGUGCGCAGCUGCCGGACGGCGCGAGCCUGAAACUCGACUACGUUCAUCUUGCCAAAGCAGCGCACAAGUGCUCCGCGUACUACACGGCCCUGCUAUUCGCACAGCUGGCGUGCGAGUCGAUUUCGACGGACUAUCCGGACUUCAGCAGUGAUCCGAGGAUCGAUUACAUCUACGAGCGUCAGCCAGAGGAUGGCCGGGUGCUGCAGGACAUCAUGUUGGAUACCUAUACGAACAUCAGCGAUCCGGACGCCAUUUAUGGUGCUGGAUCGUCGCAUUUGCUCGAUCAUGAGUCCCGGAUACAGUACUACGCCCGCACCAAUCGCUGGGACAAUGUCAUGCUCGCGCAGGACAUUGAACUGUCCCACAAUGGCAAUCAACUGACGAAUGCCAAGACCGCGAUGGCGAACGCGCUGCAUCACUCGGGGCUGCAGUUUCUCCAGUGGCAGUUUUUGGGCAGCGAUUGCCUGGACGAGAAAUUCAGCUACGAGUGCGCCUGGCGACUCAGCAAUUGGAAUCUUCUCAUCAGCGACAACGUCAAUGCUAAUUGCUAUGAUUCCCAAGCGCAACCGCGAUUGGAACAGCUGGAGAACGCGUUUCACGCGCAUCACUACCACGCGCUCAAGUGCUUGCACGAGAACGAUCGGCAGGGUACGGAAAGGGCGAUCGAGAGCGCCCGCGAGAGCGUAAUUCGCAGUCUGCGAAUCAUCAGCCUAGAAAGCAACCGGACCGUCAACGAGAAGCUGUCACAGCUGCGGCUGUUGCGCGAGAUCGAGCAGCUGAGCUCGGCGGCCGAUUCGCCGGGGGAAAAAUACCCGAAAGUGUUGCGAAGCUGGGACGAGCACCAGAUCAGCCAGACCGGCGAGUUCGACUGCGUGGAACCGAUUCUAUGGCAGCGUAUCAUCAUGUUCCGCAUUCAGGAGUCCUUACGGACCGACCCGAACGUGGAGACAGCAUUCUUCGCCACUUGCUUAGACCUGGCGGAGGUUGCGGAGGGCCAGGGUGCCUUCCCGGUGGCCGCUCGGGCGCUAGGCAGCUUGACGAAGCAGGAGAAUUUGUCCGUCGACCUGCAGAAUCAGCUCCUCUACCAGGAAUCCUUGCUGACAUGGAUGAAGAGCGAUCAGAUAAUAGCGCGUCGACUGCUGCGCACCUUGAUCGAGAAGAGGAAACUGAAACCGAGCUUGAGAGCCAAGGCGCUGCGGGUCUACGGCGACUGGAUGGCGGAGACUAAAUCGGAAAAUCCACAAGCGGUGAUACAAAAGUAUUAUCUGGAGUCGAUCGAAACUAGCGAGGCGAUCAAAGACCAAGUUCCUGACGUCGUUAGAAAUCUGCACGAUACACAGGUUGCGCUGGCGCGUUUCGCUGACGCGCAAUACGAGCAGAUCACUGCUUACAUGAACUCGCCAGUGUACGAAUCGUUGAAGGAAUACGCUCAUGGAAACGACGCGAUGAACAAGGUGGAUCAGGUACAGAAGAUGAAGAAUCACGAUCUCAAGCGCGCGAUGCUAAUCAACCAACGACAGACGACGAAUGACGCAGCCGAACUGAAAAAUAUUGGGCAGGAGAGGCGCAAGUACCUCGGGCAAGCUGUCUUGUAUUACUUGAAGACACUGCAGUGUAGCGAGGAGCACAACAUGCUUAUUUUUCGCCUGGUCGCUCUCUGGCUGGACAACAUGCUGGACGAAGAGGUGAACGAGCUGCUGCUGAAGGAGUUGAACACCGUGCCGUCGUUCAAAUUUAUACCGCUAGUGCCGCAAUUGGCCGCUCAUAUAAGCAACGACCUUAAGCAGCGGGGAUCUUUCUCCGCGCACAUCUUCGAGAUCCUCGAGCGCGCAGCGCUCGAGCAUCCGUAUCAUACGUUGCCGGUACUGCUAGCGCUGAAGAACCUGCACAGCGAUGACGAGUACGACUCGGCUGGCAAGGUCACGAAGAAGCAGGAAGAACGUCGCGUGCUGGGCGCGAAGAAGCUUCUCAAGCAACUGGCCAACUCUCCUGUAAGCGCGAUCGUCCACGAGAUGGAGAAUCUAUCACGGGCGCUGCUGAGUCUCGCCUACUGGCAGCCCAACGGCAAGUGCUAUCCUGGCAAGUGCUACCCGAUACCGCGAGACCAACCAAUAUGCAAGUUGAAGAACCUGAGCAACGUUCUCCUGCCAACCCUGAGUCUGUCUGUACGACCGUCGGGUAAUUAUAAGGACGUGAUCGGCGUGAAGAUGUACCAGGAUACCUGCGAGUUCGUCGGCGGCGUGAACGCGCCGAAGAAAGUCAUUUGCGUCGGCACCGACGGCGUUCACCGUCGGCAGUUGGUCAAAGGCAAGGAUGACCUCCGACAGGACGCGGUGAUGCAGCAAGUGUUCACCGUAAUGAACGCGCUGUUGCGCACGUGCAAGGAAACGAAGCGGCGGAAUCUGCGUAUCAGAACGUACAAGGUGGUGCCGCUGACGCAGCGUUCGGGCGUAUUGGAAUGGUGCGACAACACGGUGCCUAUCACAGCUGCGUUGAUGGGCAAACCCGGUUUGCACAAGAAGUAUUAUCCGCGAGACCUAACCGCAGAAGCGGCCAGAGAAAAGUUAAAGAACGUUGCGCAGGACACGAACGAGGUGAAACUGAAGGUCUUCCUCGAGUGCUGCAAACGUAUGAGGCCAGCGUUCCAUCACUUCUUUGAAGAGAAAUAUCGCUCUCCUGAGACCUGGGUCGAGCGCACUCUGACCUAUACACGUAGUGUCGCGACAACGUCCAUCGCGGGCUACAUUCUGGGCCUCGGGGACAGACACUUGAGUAACAUCCUCAUCGACGAGCGCACCGCUGAAGUAGUGCACAUCGAUUUCGGUGUAGCAUUCGAGCAGGGCAAAGUCUUGCCUGUUCCAGAAACCAUUCCUUUCAGAUUGACCAGGGAUAUUGAGGUUGCAAUGGGUGUAUCCGGUAUUGAAGGGACCAUGAGACGCAGCUGCGAAGUUACGAUGACGAUGCUGCGCGAUCAAAGACAGAUUAUUAUUACACUUUUGCAAGUUUUACUCUACGAUCCGCUCUUCACGUGGGCCAUUACACCGGAAAAGGCAUGCAAGAUGCAGAGUGACGUCGUAAAGAGAGGUUUCUCAGAAAACAGUGGGCGAGCACCCGUGGAAACCAAUAAGAUUGCCAAAAGAGCUCUUUUAAGGAUUGAGCAAAAAUUGCGGGGGACAGAGGAUGGUCUGGUGUCCAGCGUUCCUGGACAAGUGGAAAGGCUUUUGCAGGAAGCGCGAGAUCCUGCGAAUUUGUGCCGUGUCUAUUGUGGGUGGCAACCAUACUUGUAAAUAAUAGUAUAGUAUAUAGUAUAAUUACUAAAAGUUAGAAUGUAAGUUUUCUAUAUUGUUACGUAAUUUAUAUAGUUAUAAAUUCCAUUUUUUUAAUUCAUUAAAUAUAAUGCAUUUUAUCUACAUCUCU